AACAACAACAAACACAACAGGAGCAGCAGCCGCAGCAGCAGCCAGCAUUAGCAACAGCAACAAAAGCGAACUUGUAUUCAAUGGAUGUGUGCGCGAGAGGCGAAUAAAAGAAAAUUAGAUAAAAAAAGCCAAAUGAAAUUAGCGCACGCCUGAAAUUCGAGUUUGGCGCAAGGUGAACAAAAAGUCGAAAAGCAAUCAAAACAGUUUCCAUUUGCUCUCGGUGUGCGUGCCGUUUUUCCUGCGAAAGAAAAACCACCUGCAUUGAUUUAUAGUUAAAGAAAAAAAGAGACGUAUCCGAACGGGAUGGGUCAGUGCAUUGCCAUAAAGGCUGACUGAUAAAAAAAACCCCCAACCAGCACAGCCUGCUAUUGACGCAGCAGUAGCAGCGAAAGGAGACAGACGUAGACGGAGAGCACAGAACGCACAAAUAACUGUUCCCGGACCAACCGGAACGGACUGGCACUCCGCACAGGACUCCACGGGAGAGAAAGAGCGAGAUUUUGGAAGAACUAUAGAGAUAUUCGUUUCGCAGAGAGAAAAAUUCCAAUGUCAAAUAAAAUCAACCCGAAACGCCGUGAACCGACAGCAGCCGCAGCAGCAGCAGGAGCACCCACGGCAGUGGCCACCAACACGAGCAGCUCGACCGGCUCCAGUGCCGCCAACACCUCCUCGGCUAACACAUCCUCAUCGUCCAGCUCCUCGCUGUCUUCCGCCGGUGGCGGUGAUGCGGGCAUGUCCGCCGACCUAACAUCGCUCUUCGAAUGCCCAGUUUGCUUUGACUAUGUGCUGCCCCCGAUCCUGCAAUGCUCCAGCGGGCACUUGGUGUGCGUCUCGUGCCGCUCCAAGCUCACCUGCUGCCCCACAUGCCGCGGUCCACUGGCCAAUAUCCGUAACCUGGCCAUGGAGAAGGUCGCCUCGAACGUAAAGUUUCCGUGCAAGCAUUCGGGCUACGGGUGCACUGCCUCGCUUGUCUACACGGAGAAGACCGAGCACGAGGAGACCUGCGAGUGUCGGCCCUACCUAUGCCCCUGCCCGGGGGCCUCCUGCAAGUGGCAGGGACCGCUCGACCUAGUCAUGCAGCACCUGAUGAUGUCCCACAAGAGCAUCACCACGCUGCAGGGCGAAGACAUUGUGUUUCUGGCCACCGACAUCAAUCUGCCCGGCGCCGUCGAUUGGGUGAUGAUGCAGUCCUGCUUCGGCCACCACUUCAUGCUUGUCCUCGAGAAGCAGGAGAAGUACGACGGACACCAGCAGUUCUUCGCUAUUGUCCAGCUGAUUGGCUCGCGCAAGGAGGCCGAGAACUUUGUGUACCGCCUCGAGCUGAACGGCAACCGCCGCCGCCUCACCUGGGAGGCAAUGCCGCGUUCCAUACACGAGGGCGUUGCCUCCGCCAUACACAAUUCGGAUUGCCUGGUGUUCGACACAUCGAUUGCGCAGCUCUUCGCCGACAAUGGCAAUCUGGGCAUCAAUGUGACCAUCUCUCUGGUCUAGGCAGCCGCGCCUCGCGUCCGUGAAUCGCCCAAUUUAAUUGUUUAUUUCUUUUUUACAUUUUUGUCGUAUAAAUACAAUACCAUAUACAUAGUUUA